AUGCAGUCACAGUCGUUUGGCACGCAGCACCACAAUAUCCUUCAUCGGAUAGGGCUGGCUGCACGCAGCGCGCAUGAGCCGUCUGCUCUGCGGUCCGAAGCAGGUUCUGACCCAUCUGCGGCCACAGUUGAUGCGGUCCGUGACGGAUCAGCGCGUGCGGCCUACAUGGCGGCGAGUGGCGACGAGGCGGCCUUGCCCAUCCACCAGGUGCUGGUGUCUCCUGUGGAUCGGUUCGGGCUCGUCGGCUUGGUGAACCUCCUCAAGACGCAGGACCCUGACGUGGCGAUGUUAACGAUGGGCAAUAACCUGCAGAGUCUUGGGAUGAAUCUGGAUGCGACAGAGAGUCUGCAUCCCUCGUUUGUCACGCCAUGGUCACAGGACCCAGCACUGGCGUCGAUGCAGGUUGAGCCUGCCUAUCAGCUGCCUAACUGCUACAAUGUGCAGCCACCACCACCAGCGCAGACCAAAAUGGCGAGCUUUAGCGACGAGACGCUCUUUUUCAUAUUCUACUCGACACCGCGCGAUGUGCUACAAGAAGUCGCGGCACAGGAAUUGUACGCACGGAACUGGCGAUACCACAAGGGCUUGCAUUUGUGGCUAACGAAGGAGCCAAAUAUGGAGCCUCUGCAAAAGACGCCUACGUACGAGCGCGGCACCUAUGUGUUUUUCGAUCCUGCCUCGUGGGACAAAGUAUCCAAGAACUUUGUACUCAUGUACGAGAUGCUCGAGGAAAAGCCCUCGUCUCAGAGCCUUCUUGCCACAGCCUCCGUUCAUCAAGGGACGCCGACCCUCCCUGCGCAAGUGGCAGGCAAGGCCUUGCCGUCCCAGCCUAUGUCCGCUGUAACUGUAGCCGCUGCGGCUGCCUCAGCGCGUGGCUCGGCGCAGCCGUCGCCGAGCCAGGGCUCGCCACAGACCUUUUCGUAG